AUGGAUUCUAUUAUGGAUGCUUCGUCCUGGCCCGCUCUCUCUUCUCCUGGAGUUUCCUCUCCUGAGGUUAUCUUCCCCACAACUUCGAUGGCUGAAAUUGAGACUUGUAACUCUGUCCCUACAAAGAUGACUGCAGCUGAUGAGUCUUCUUCUUUAACUGUUGAUUCUACGGUUUCAAUAGCUGUAUCUGUUGAUGACUCUGCUCCUAGGUCAGACCAUACUACAGUGAUGUCCUCCUCUACCCCAUCGUCAAUGGGACCUAGGCCAAUUAAGAAUCAGUCUUCAAGCCAAUAUAACUAUGGCCAUAACCAAAAUCAUCACCAUUAUCCUUCUAAUCGAUUGGGUCAGAAUCAAAGGGGUAAUGGGUUCAAUUGGAAAGGAGGAAAAAGAGGAGGAGAUGGUGGCUUGCGAAAUCAGAAUUUUUCGAAUAGACGUCACCAACAACAACGUGGAUUUAACAAUUGGAAUCGCAAUCGAGGUGGGUUAAAUUCCAAUACCAAUGCCAAUGCCCAUGCUAGAUGGGUGAAUUCGGAUCAGCACACCCAUCAUGGAUUUGAAUCAUCUGGAUAUCUUGGGCAACCACCACCCCUUACACACUCUUUUCUUCAUUCCCCUCUUCCAUACGUCAAUAUUAAUGUCAAUCAUCCACCUCCUCCGCCAGCUCCGAUUCCCAGCUACAUGCUUUCUAUUUGGUAUUACAAUGCAUACUUUUCAGAUGCGUCAAAUCCAUUGUAUUAUCCUCCUUUGCCUCCAGCGACUCCUCUGCCUCCGGUACCGUCCCUGCCACCUUAUGUGGAUCCAAUGAGUGGAGUACAAACAUACAAUCAGCCUAUUUUGCCAAACUCAGAACUUGAACUGUGCAGCAGAAUACUCCAUCAAAUUGAGUAUUACUUCAGCAAGGAGAACUUGAUUAAGGAUGCAUACAUGAAGAGUUUGAUGGACAAUGAAGGCUGGGUUCCUGUUCAUCUUAUUGCAGGGUUUCGAAGGGUUAAAGCCAUGACAAGUGAUAUCAACUUGAUAGUGAGAGCAUUGGAAUCCUCUGCUGUUGUAGAAGUACAAGGAGAUAAGAUGCGUAACCGUAGAGAUUGGAUGAAUUGGGUACAGAAUCGCUCUUUGGAUGCUCGGAUUAGCUCUGUCACAGACAUUUCAACAGGCAUUCAAAACAUUAAUCUGAGAGAAGAAGCUGGUGCUGAUGCACUCAUAGUUGAUGAUCCUAACCGUCUCCAUGCAAAAAUGACAGGAUCUGGUGCAAGUUAGCAACCGAGGUGAUUAAUUU